AUGGCGCAGCCACCUUUACCAAUCCCUGAUCUUAACGGGGCGGCGCAAGCAAUUGUAGCCAUACUCGCGGCCCUAAUUCAACCGCAUCCAAUGCAAAACCAACCUCCUGGUGGACAGAACGAUCCGGCUCAAGCCGAAAACGAUCGACUUGAUAAUCUCAGAUUUGGGAUCAAUGCACACCGAGGUCUAUUACCAGCAGACUAUCAAAGACUGAACGUAGCACAGAUUAUUGGUACCCAAAAUCAGCUUACUCAAGGCGAUCGGGAUCAAUUAAUGGACUUACUUCUCAAACAAUUUUCUGAGCACCACGGCAUAGACGAGAUACCAGAUAACGAUUGGAAAGAGAAGUGGUAUAAGUCUCUCUUCAAUGGAAAUUGGAACAGUACAAUCAAACCGACUAGACCCCAGCUCUUGAGGAGACAGGGCGUUGAGUCUGCCAUUGUUGCAGGAACUCUCCGUGUGGACUGUCCCCCGCCUUCCACGAGUACGAAACGAAGUCGAGCCGAAUAUGAAGAACAGGAGAUUGAGGCGCCAAUUGACGAGAAUGUUGCUCCUAUUCCUAUUCAUCGACGUCGUGGCGCUACGGUUCUUAUGCGCGUUAACGCAAGUCUGUUGACCAUUAGAAUCAUGUUUCUGGAUAGCAAAUCCCGUCUUAUUCCGGAAAGUUGUGUUAUUCUAAAGGCACCUAUUGAGAAUGUUAUUGCUGAAGCAAUGGUUCAUUUCGAUACAAACGAACAGACUCGGAUUUCUCUAUUUAAUCGCCAAUUCUUAUAUUAUCAGGCCAGAUGCAGAUUACAUCAUUGGUUGCAUGUUGGCCGGAGACAUGAGAAUGUUCCCAACGAGACUGCUUUUGUUCUACAAAAGCCGAAGAACAUUCUAUUAUUUCAGCAGCGAUUGGCCGCUGAGCUCCACAAUCGCUUGGGAGAGAUUGUGCAGAAUGGACGAGGUUUGGCGGAUGAAUUUGGCGAAGGGGAAAUUAAUAACGCGAGAUGA